UUAGGUUUAGUCACUGAUCAACGUGUCUAUAAAUCUUUAACAAUCGCCAUAGUAAAGCUAAUGGAAUUCCAUUUAUUAUUUCUUCAGAAUCCCGGUAAAUCCACUUGGAUCUCAUCUGAGAUUAUGGUUGGCUUCAAUACGAUAUUUAUUCUAGGGAAUGUGACGAGCAUGUGUUGAACGACGAUUUUUUUUUUCCACUCCCACCGCUUUAUGAUGAAAGUUGCGAAACCGAAAGUUAAUGGAUCAAAUGAGAACGGCUAUAUUACCGCAUUCUAAACUCUUCUGUCCCGUCAUUUAAACGUUUGGGCUGUAAUGGACGAUCACAACAGUCCUGCUUCUGUUUGGAGGGUGAACGUGGAGGUGUUGAAGCGCUUGCUCGCGUGCGCUGCUGCAUGCACCUGUGUAGGUGUGAUCUAUAUGCAGUGGACAUACAUUUGGAUGCUCAGGUCCGAAAUGGCAGCGAUAACGCAGCGCUUCAGGCCUCUGGAGACAGCGAGAGACGAAGGUGGGAUAUGCUGCGAUUCCGCCGUGUGCUACGGGGCUACAUCUUGUUAUAAGGUAAACUGUUAUCACAGAUUCCCUGAGAGACGAACACACGCAGAGGUACGAGACAAGAGAGAUGUGACAAAACAGAGGAAGAGAAGAGAAAAGCAGCACACAUUUCUUCACCUUGUUCCUGUGUCCUCGCAGUCGUACAAUGAUGGUGACAUCACUGUUCUGUCGUGGGCCGCAGAGCAGAGCAGAGGACAGGGGCUGCAGGUAUCAGCUGAUAUUGUUACAGUGGAGACCGAGGGCACAUACUUCAUCUACAGUCAGGUGCUGUAUAAAGACACCACCUGGAUCAUGGGUCAUGUGAUCACGAAGAGGUUCAAGGGGGCGGAGACUAAGCUGAUGAAGUGUCUGAAAAGCAUGCCCAGUAACAUCAGCCAGCCACUCAACACCUGCUACACUGCUGGGAUUUACUUCCUGGAGUCUGGAUCCACCCUUCAGCUCUCUGUUCCCCGCAAAUCAGCCGAGCUCAUCCUGACAGCUCACGCCACCUUCAUGGGCCUCUUCAACAUAUGACACGGACACACGUGUGAUUUACACGCUUAACAGAAGCCUUGUUUACCCUCUUGUAUGCUAGUUCAGACACUCAUGCUUUCAUGUGGUGAAUGGAGGACACCCAGUGGAGGAUUGAAACACUGGCAUGUUGGAAAAGGUACCCAAAAAAAAAUGCAAAUGGCACUACGAUGUUUGGACAUGGUAUCAUGGUAAUACCAUGUGUUUUUGGACAUAUACUGUGGGAAAUGUAAAUAUCAUGUAAUAUGGAUAUGGUAUUCAGUAACAUAGUAUACAGUGAUCAGCCACAACAUUAAAACCACUAACAGAUGAAGUGAAUAACAUUGAUUUUAUUGUUACAACGGCACCUGUUAUUAGGCAGUUCUUGAAAUUCAUGUGUUGGAAAGUGGAAAAUUGUGCAAGUGAAAACAUCUGAGUGACUCUGAAAAGGGCAAAAUAGUGUGGCUCCUCCAAAACGGCAAGUCGCGUGGAAUGUUCCCAGUAUGCAGCGGUAAAUAGCAACCAAAAGUGGCAAUGGGUUAAGGCAAAAACUAAUUCAGGAAUGGUUUGAGGAGCAUGACAAAGAGUUCAAGGUGUUGCCUUAGCCUCAAAUCCCCCAAAUCUUAAUCCAAUUGAGCGUACAGUAUAUAGGAUGUGCUGGACCAACAAAUCCAUGAAGUCUUCACCUCCCAAAUUUUAGGACUUAAGUUAAGUCAAGUCAUAUUUAUGUAGCACUUUAUACAAUACAGAUCAUGUCAAAGCAGCUUUAACAGGAAAACAAAGUGUGUUGAUAAUUCAAGAGGACAAUAAAAAAGAGAGUCAUUUUUCCAGCUAAAGUCGGUUCAUUAAUGAUUAAGAGAUGUUCGUCAUCAUCCAGUUCAGCUCUCCUGUUUUUGAAUGAUAGAAAUGUGAUAAGAGUGUUAUGUGUGAGCCAGGUUAAAGAGAUGGGUCUUUAAUCUAGAUUUAAACUGACAGGUAGAUUGUUCCAGACUUUGGCCGCUAAAUAGGAAAAGGAUCUGUCACCCGCAGUUGAUUUUAAUAUUCUAGGUAUUAUCAAAUAAAGAGUUUGAGAUCACAGAGGAUGUGAAAGACUAUACUGCGAUAUGAGCUUGCUGAAGUACUGAGGUGCUAAACAAUUCAGGGCUUUAUAAGUAAUUAGUGAGAUUUAUGUAAUGCUUGAUAGAGAGCCAGUGCUGUGUGGACAGGACCGGGCUAAUAUGGUCAUACUUCCUGCUUCUAGGAAGAACUCUUGCUGCUGCAUUUUGGACUAACUUGAGGUCAUAAAUGCAUGGAUUAACAUUUCUGCAUUUGACAUUGAGAGUAUAGGUUGUAAUUAAGAUAUAUUUUGAAGAUGGAUCUGCUGCUUAUGUCUUGGUGCCAGAAACCACAGGAUACAUUCAGAGCUCUCAUGGAGACCUUGCCUCAUUUUGGCAGCACAAGGGGAUCCUUCAAGAUAUUAGAAAGGUCAGGUGGCUGUAAUGUUGUGUCUGAUCAGUUUGUCACAAUGCCAAGGUAUUACUGUCUGAUGCAAUCACUGUACCGUGGUGACACCAAAGUACUUCUUUGAUUUAUGGUUUUGGAAUCACUGCAUUAACACAUUGUGAUCAGUAUUUGUUAACCAAAAAAAAAUUAAAAAAUUUUUUUUUCAAGACCUGUAUAAUGUUUUUAAACUGUAUGGUAUCAUGGAAAAGCCAUCUCAUUUUGAUUUUAAAUAAAUUCGGAGUUGUUUUAAUGUAAUAUUUCCCCUGAGUAAAAAUAUUGAACAGAAAUAACUAUUAAUUCUCAGUACGAAUAAAUCGCUCUGAAUCAUAAUCUAUUGCCAUCCUGCUUCCCAUCAUCUGUACUCCUUCUAAUGUCAAAAUGUGCUUUCUUAUUAUUUAUUACACUUUUCUCUGGAAAAACUACCAAUAACAAAAGUAAUUUGCAAGUGCAGCAAUGCAGCUAUGUUUCCUCAUAUUGAUUA